AGUAUAGUUUUGUAUUUUUAACAUGAAACAACAGUUCGAUAAAUUGAUGUGAAUUUUGUGAUCAAAUUGUAGGUUUUUUGAUAUUUUUUUUCGAUAUUUUGUUUCAAUUGUAUUGUAUUUUUACAGUCAGUACCAAUAUAUACUUUUUAUCAAUUUCAUCGAAUUCCAUUUGGAAUUUUUUAACGUACACUUGACCUAGAAGGGAACCAAUUCGUGCGGACUUGGAGUACUGUCGCACACAAAUUGCGUCAUUUUUUUUUCUCCAGUGAAAAAACAUUUUCGUGUCAAAUGAAUUUAGGAGUGUUGAGCAAUGAAAUAUGAGUAUUGUGCUGCUCUGAGUGUUUUUCCAAAGCUAAAUGGAAAAAAAUAUAGAAAAAAGAAUUGGUACCAAUGCUGAAAAUUGAACUGAAGCAAAGAACUCACAUUUUUGGUAGAAAUGUGAACGAAGUAUCGAUUGGCUUUAACGUUGAAAUUUUCAGACGAAAUUACAAAUAUGGAAGAACAUCCGUUAGUGUGCUAUGGUGACCAUCAAAGUCUAGCGAGCGCACUAUUAAGUCGUGAUAUAGAUUCAUUCCGACGUGCGCUACACUCACCCACCGAAGUUGAAAAAUGCGAAAUCGACACGACGAUGACAAUAUUCGAACGGGCGUGUCAAACGCCAGGCUGUGCCCCAUUCAUUGAAGAGUGUAUUUUAGCCGGUUGUGAUGUUAAUAAGUUAAACCCCGAGCUGCAUAAGCGUCCAAUUAAUUUCGUGGUUGAGUCGCAUUGUGAAGAAAAUUUGGCAGCCUUGCUAAGAGAUCCAAGUGUUGAUGUGAAUGCAAAAUGCUCCGUGUUAAAAACACCUGUAAAUUCCCUGACUGAACAAAUAUCUGACGAAAACUUCCGAAGUGUCUUUCCGUGUAUCAAACUACUAAUUCAACAUGGUGCUGAUGUGAAUGUACCGGACAGACGUGAAAUAACUCCAAUUGUGAACAUUUUAAAGAAUCGAAGAUUAAACAAUGCCAAUAAAGAAGUGAUCGUGAGAUAUUUACUACAAAAUGUGGUUGAAGUGGACAUUGACACUCACCGAAAUGGUGAAGCACGGUCGUUACUCCAAAACCUACUACCGGAAAUUGAACUGGCGCCAAAGCCGAAUGGAUCACAAAAUAACGCUCAAAUCAAUAGACUGUGGGAUUUCAAUCGUCUGUUUCUAUCACUGAAGAAUGAAAAAGAGAGUGAAUUUCUUGAGGGGUUACAGCAAGUAGUUGAGAAGACCCCUGAAACUCUUCAAGAACUGUUUACUGCGUCGGAGAGCAGAGAAACGCUGCUGAUUGUUGCUGUUGCAAAGGAUUUGGCAAUGGCAUUGGACAAAAUGAUUCAAUUAGGGGCCGAUGUGAAUUUCUUUGUUGAUACAACGAGAGAUACGUUGUCACCGGUAAAAUGUGCAUGUAUUCGUGGUCACUGGAGAUCGCUGGAAAUAUUGUUGAAAUCACCAGAAUUGGAUUUAAAUUCAGCACCUCUGUUACCGACCAUUGUUAGGAACCUCGGUCACAAACAAUCAAGGAGCAUCGAUUACGACAAGUGUUUCGAAAUCCUAUUGAACCAUCGAAAUAUUGAUAUUAAUCAACAAGAUGUAUUUCACUGUACAGCGCUGCAUUAUUCGGUUAAAUUCAACAACACUAAAGCCACUCUUGAGUUGCUGAAACGCGGAGCCUACAUUGGAGUGCGAAAUGAAUUUGAUCAGCUCUCGAUCUCAAAUAUCAAUGCAAAAGUGCUUGAGAGUCAUUUCGACAGUUGCAUUACAACCAAUGGAUUUCGAACGAGCGACGAUAAUUUUGAAAUUGAGUUCGACUUUAAAAACUUGGUUCCAUUUCACACUUCUCACACUGACAACAUUGCAGAUGAAAUGAGUUCAAUUGAAUAUAUUUCAAAAUCGAAUGACCUCAAGCAAUUGAUGAUGCAUCCGCUUAUCGCUAGUUUUCUGUCCUUGAAGUGGAAUCGCUUGGCACUGUUCUUCUAUAUCAAUUUCAUUUUCUGUGCAUUGUUCGCUGUGAUCACCGUUACGUAUAUUUUACUGUAUUACAACUACCAUGAACCGAAUUCCCUGAAGGAUGUGAUGCGUGUGGUCAUUUUUUUGUUAACCAUUUACAUCGCAGCACGAGAAAUGUAUCAAUUCACAUUUUCACCAUGCGUUUACUUAAAGAGUUUAGAGAAUUACUUGGAAUGCACGUUAGUUGUACUGGUCAUGCUGAUUUUGUUCGAUGUGUGUCCAGACACUUGGCGUCGUACUUUUGCAGCUGCAUCCAUUUUGCUGAUUGCGAUCGAGAUCUUCCUUUUGGCUGGGUCAUUGCCAUUUUGGUCUUUUUGCACUCAUUACGUUAUGCUGAAAACGGUUACCUGGAGCUUCUUAAAGAGUUUCUCACUGUAUGCCAUCAUUCUGUUGGCAUUUUCACUUUCGUUCUUCACAUUGUUACAUGAACCAUUGGAAGAGAGUGCGAAAGGAGAAAUGAAUGAUGACAACGAUGAUGGAGACUUCAAUAAGUUCUCGAAUCUCGGGUUGUCAAUCAUGAAAACGUUGGUGAUGUCAACGGGUGAAUUCGACGUAGCCAGCAUCGAUUUCAGAACGAACGCAUUUAGUUACAUCGUCUUCGUGAUAUUUGUAUUCAUCGUUGCAAUUGUUCUUCUGAAUUUGUUGAAUGGCUUGGCUGUGAGCGAUACACAGACAAUCAAAUCGGAAGCUGAACUAACGAAUUUUAUAAGACGAGCACAAGUUUUAGCUCGAUAUGAAGGUGUACUAGCUACCAGUUAUCCAACAUUCUUGAAAAUUUCCCCAUUUUGUGUGGACAACGACACAUUUGAAGAGUCAAAAUCGGUUUAUCAUAUUCGAAUCAAACCAAACGAUAAUAACCAAAUUCUAAUUCCCGAUUUAAGUAAUCAUGGAGAAAUUAAUGAAACUGAUGAUAAUCUUAGACCUCUAUUAUGUAUACAUCACCUAACGUGUUCCAAUCGAUGCACUCGUAUGGAUUCGAAGAUCGUUAAACUUGCCUUUCAAGUAUUGGAAAAGAAUGCAAAAGAACAACUUGACGAAGAAGAAAGAGAAAAGUUCAAUAAACGAAUGACCAAAAUGGAAACGACAUUAGAGACGAUUGCAAAUAGAUUGAAUGACCUAUUGAAGAAAUGAAGUAAAUCAUAUGUGUUUUAUAAUUAUGAGAAAAGUAACAAGUUGUCAUUAUUCAAUGUGGGAGAUUGUUGAUAUCAACAAAAAAUGUAAGACAUUUGUGACAUAGUACAGCAAAUUUCAAAAUUUCAUUACUGAGCGGCCUUUUAUUUAUUCAUUUCUAUGGAAGAUAGCGGAAUAAAAACUGUUCUGUCAUCUUAUGUACUAAUCACUCUCAAUAUUUACCAGAAAUGAAACUGAUUAUCUGCAAUUUAAACGAUUUUGUAGAGUUUCAGAAAAACCCGAAAAUACACGAAAAUACUGACGACAAA